UUGCUGCUUCUUUUUCAGGGUAAAUUCACGCUCCUGCGAGACACCAGAACAGAUGGCAGCUUCCUGGUGCACCAUUUCCUCUCCUUCUACCUCAGAGCUGGCUGUAAGGUUUGCUUUGUGGCCCUACUCCAGUCCUUCAGUCACUAUAACAUCGUAGCACAGAAGCUGGGAGUCAGUCUGACAGCUGCCAAAGAACGGGGACAGCUUGUCUUCUUGGAAGGCCUCAAGUCCUGCCUUGACCUCUUGUUUGGCGAGGAGGAGGAGCAGUCAGGACAGCCCAGUCCUCUCCAGUUUAUAAGUGAGAGUGCUUCCAACCUCAAAGCCUUGUUUGACUUUGUCCGGACAUCCCUGACUCCCGCCGGCAGCGACUCCUGGAAGGGCCCUGUGCUGCUAGUGGACGACCUCAGCGUCCUGCUCAGCCUGGGUGCCACGCCGGUGGCCGUGCUGGACUUCAUCCACUACUGCAGAGUCGCGGUGUGCUCCCAGCUGAAGGGAAACAUCGUGGUGCUGGUUCACAGCAACGAGGAUUCAGACGACGAGGAAAAUGAACUGGUUGUGAACUCCCUGUGUCAUCACAGCGACCUGAUUCUGUGGGUAGAGGGGCUGGCGACCGGCUUCUGCAAGGAUGUUCACGGGCAGAUUAAAAUAAUUAGGAGAGUGUCCUUGGAGCUGACGGCGGAGCAAGAUGUCAUCCAGAUCUACCAGUAUAAGAUCCAGGACAAGAACGUCACCUUUUUCGCUCGAGGGCUGUCAGCUGCGGUCCUGUGACGCUGCGGUACCGCGCAGCGCC